UCUCUGUUUUACUUAAUUUUGAUUCGAUUUAGCGUUGGUACCGAUUUUUUAAUUAUUUUUAAUUGCAGGCUUUUAAUUUGGGAAGAAUGUUACUACGAACCUGCAAGUUGUUCCGGGCUUCCGGGAAUUUCGGGAAGCGAGAAUCUAGAAGGUUCUUUUCAAGAUUACAGUGCUUCUUGGCCAAGGGGAGGGGACAAGGUGCAUUUGCUUGUAAACAAGAUGAUGAUGGAUAAUCAAGUUAAUAUCGUAGGAGAAGGAUUAGUUGGAAGAGUUGCGUUUACCGGAAACCAUCAGUGGAUCGUAUCAGAUAACUGUUUCGGAGAAGCUCAUCCACCAGAGGUUCUUAAAGAGGUGUGCCAACAGUUUUCAGCUGGUAUGCAGACAGUUGCGGUUAUUCCUGUUCUUCCCCACGGUGUUGUUCAAUUCGGUUCAUUCUUGACGAUAAGGGAGAAUAUGGGAUUUAUAAACGAUGUAAUAUCAUUACUACUUCAGCUCGGAUAUCUCGACGACUUUAACUAUGUCCAAAACGAGCUUCACUCAAACGGGGCCCCAUUUCAAUCCUCAAACUCGAACCCGAGUCGGAUUGUUCCUCAAUAUUACCAACAAGAAUCCAAAGUUUCUCCAUUAGUGAAUUCGAAUUUUCCUUCCUCAAAUCAAUUAGCAACAAAAGCCGAAGUAGUUAUCCCCUCGAAUUCAGAAAUAUGGACUAAUCAAAACGCUUCGUUGUACACUCAAGGGCCCACUCUAGAUUUUCCUUCGGGCAGUUCAUCCAAGAAUCGAAAUUCCAUACCGAAAAUGGAUGCUUAUAACUCCGAUUCAUUAGCCCAUUUCACAGCUGAUUUUUCGCAAAGUGGGACGAAAUACGAUAAUGAUUUGUACGUCCAAACUGAAUCGGGAGACGAUUUGUUCGAUGUUCUUGGAGCUGAUUUCAAGGUAAAUUAUUCAGUAGUAGCAGCUCGUUUAAGGGGUUUGAUCAAUUUACCGUCUAAAACGAGUUCAGAAAUAUACUCCACCAGCCAAGAAAAUUCGGAGAAUGGGAUUAUUUUCACCACCGACCAUCUCUUGGAGGCUGUGGUCUCGAAAGUCAACGCCCCCCCCUCAGCCAAACAGGGCAUAGACGAAGACAUUUCCUGCAGAACAACUUUGACCAACACGAGCACCUCCUCGGCACCCGAUACUUCAAUCCCCUAUGCCAGAUUAGGGGAGCUGUUUGGCGUUCCGAAAUAUUCGGCGAAAAACGGUAAAAUGAUGAGUUCUUGUUCGAAGGAAGAAUCCGGAAGUUAUUCGCAGGGCAGUUCUAUUUACGGAUCUUCGUCUCAAAUAAGUUCUUCGUGGGUCCCACAGGCUGAUGAUCGGAAAGUGAAACAGAAUAACGGUAUUGCCACUAAUGGAUAUUCCAAGAAACCUGAAGAAACGAGCAAAACGAAUCGAAAGAGGCUUAAGCCUGGCGAAAAUCCAAGGCCUAGGCCGAAAGAUCGUCAGAUGAUCCAAGAUCGUGUUAAGGAAUUACGAGAAAUCGUGCCAAAUGGAGCAAAGUGUAGUAUUGAUGCGCUACUUGAACGAACUAUCAAGCAUAUGAUUUUCUUGCAAAGCGUGACGAAGCAUGCGGACAAGCUAAAGCAAACCGGAGAGUCCAAGAUUAUUAGCAAGGACGGAGGUUUGUUGUUAAAAGACAAUUUCGAAGGCGGAGCUACAUGGGCUUAUGAAGUUGGUUCACAAUCGAUGGUUUGUCCAAUCAUAGUCGAGGAUCUAAAUCAGCCCCGACAAAUGCUCGUUGAGAUGCUGUGUGAAGAAAGAGGGUUAUUUUUGGAAAUAGCAGAUAUAAUUAGGGGACUUGGGCUAACUAUUCUAAAGGGGGUGAUGGAGACUCGGAACGACAAGAUAUGGGCACGUUUUGCCGUAGAGGCAAAUAGGGAUGUGACGAGAAUGGAAAUAUUUAUCUCGUUAGUUCGGCUUCUGGAGCAAAGUGCAAAGAGCGGCGAAAGCCUAAUGGCUCAACAAUUUCACCAACUCGCCUCGGUUCCCGUGUCUAAUAAUAGACCUCGUUAGUAGUUCGGUUUCGGAUAAUGUUAAGAGCGACUAUUAAUUAUAACUCGCCAUGACUAACACUGUCUGAUUGUAGACAAAAAAACCUCGGAUUUGCAACGCUUACAUUGUACUCUUUUUUUUUUUUUUUUUUUUCUUUCUUACUUGUCAUUUUUAUGUAAGAAUUGUGGAUCUUUUUUCCAUUCCCUAUUUUGUGAUGCUUGUUUUGCUA